GGUGUGCAAGUGUUUACAGUUGUAAACCCAGAAGGUACAUUUCCAACAUCUUACCAAGUGGGAAGAUACCUUAUAAGAUUCUAUGUGCGAUAUGCGGGGCAACCUAAUAAAUGUUACAGGUGUGAUUCCUCUGUCCAUCACAUCAAGGAUUGUCCUCAUUCACCUACUUUUCGACAUUAUUAUAAAUGUGGAAGAGAGGGGCACAUGUAUUGUACAUGUCCAAACAAUGCCAACAUUGAUUCAGGAAUCACUACCAAUCACCAUCCUGUUACCACAGAAUCUUCAACACCUGUCAAUCCACAUCUUUCUGACAACUCACAAGCAGAAGACGACAACACCUGGACCACAGAUGGUUGGGCGGAUGACGCUAUUUACUCUGAUAUCACAGAAUCAGCACGUAACACGGAUAAUGAACAAGACGUAUCAACAGUAGAUGAAGGAAUACAACAUCAGAGUGGACACGACAUCAGCACAAGGAAGAGAGGCAGAAGUCCAACUGAACAGACAAAUCUCUGUACAGCACCAGAAUCUCCAAAGAAACAAAGACAGAAGAAAAAGAAGAAAAAAACUGCAACAACAACAAAUGAGCAGCACAGUGAGUCACAACAAAUGACUGAAACUACAGUGAUCGAGCAGAUCUCUGAGAGUGUGGUGACUGGAGACACCCAAUCAAGUUGA